GCCGCCUCCGUUUGCGCCGGGUCCGCGCUGCCGGCCGCGCUCUUGGCGCUCUCCGCUGCGGCCGUUCGGAGCAAUGAUUAACCCGGCGGGCCAGCCGGCGCGGGGCCCGGGGCGGAGGCGCGGGACCGGGGCGGGACCCCGGAGGGCCGCUCAGCUUCCUGCUCUCGCCCAAGUUUCCUCGUAGAGGGCGCAGUGCCGGCCGGGGCCCGCGGCGCGGCGUGGCGCAGGGCGCGGCGCCGGGCGCGCGUGGGCGCGGAGCGGGCCGCCGGGGUCACCAUGAGGACUCUCCGCAGGUUGAAGUUCAUGAGUUCGCCCAGCCUCAGUGACCUGGGCAAGAGAGAGCCGGCUGCCGCCGGCGCGGACGAGCGGGGCACGCAGCAGCGCCGGGCCUGCGCCAACGCCACCUGGAACAGCAUCCACAACGGGGUCAUCGCCGUCUUCCAGCGCAAGGGGCUGCCCGACCAGGAACUCUUCAGCCUCAACGAGGGCGUCCGGCAGCUGCUGAAGACGGAGCUGGGGUCCUUCUUCACCGAGUACCUGCAGAACCAGCUGCUGACGAAAGGCAUGGUGAUCCUGCGGGACAAGAUCCGCUUCUAUGAGGGACAGAAACUGCUGGACUCACUGGCAGAGACGUGGGACUUUUUCUUCAGUGACGUGCUGCCCACACUGCAGGCCAUCUUCUACCCGGUGCAGGGCAAGGAGCCGUCUGUGCGCCAGCUGGCCCUCCUGCACUUCCGGAAUGCCAUCACCCUGAGUGUGAAGCUGGAGGAUGCGCUGGCCCGCGCCCACGCCCGCGUACCCCCUGCCAUCGUGCAGAUGCUGCUGGUGCUGCAGGGGGUGCACGAGUCCCGGGGCGUGACCAAGGACUACUUGCGCCUUGAGACGCUGAUCCAGAAGGUGGUGUCGCCCUACCUCGGCACCUACGGCCUCUACUCCGGAGAGGGCCCCUUCACACAUUCCUGCAUCCUGGAGAAGCACUUCCUGCGCCGCUCCCGCUCGGGGGAUGUCCUGGCCAAGAACCCGGUGGUGCGCUCUAAGAGCUACAACACCCCACUGCUGAACCCCGUGGCAGAGCACGAGGCCGAGGGAGCAGCGCCCGGAGGCCCCGGCAUCCGCAGGCACUCGGUCUCGGAGAUGACAUCCUGCCCCGAGCCCCAGGGCUUCUCCGACGCGCCCGGCCAGGCUCCCCCUGGGGCCUUCAGACCCUCUGUGGGCGCGCAGUCGGGGCCGUGCCCCAGCAGACUGUAUCCCCCCGCCCAGCCCACCGAACCUGGCCCAGGCGCCGCCCGCCCCUCCCCACCCUCCUCCAGUCCGGAGAACCUGGUGGACCAGAUCUUGGAGUCCGUGGACUCGGAUUCGGAAGGGAUCUUCAUUGACUUUGGCCGGGGCCGGGGCUCGGGCACGUCAGAGUUUGAGGGGGCCGGGGGUCGGCAGAGCAUCGUGUGACGGCCUCGCGUUUCUGCUGACCCCGUGUGUGUGUCUGGGGGGUGCGUGUGUGCAAGAGUUUUUUUACUCUGUCCCAUCCGGUCGGCUGUGGGCCCUAGCCACUUUGCCCUUCCUGAGUCUCGGUUGGAAAAAGCGUCACUAGCCGAGCCCCUGGCCCUGCUCCGUUCGGGGUGUUGGCCGCUCCGCUGCCUCCCGCAGGUCACCACGCACACUCGUCAGCCCUGUGUGCACCGAACAGACCUGGCCUCCCACCCCCAGCCUGCCCCAGCCCACCAGCGUCCACACCCACGGAGACUGAAUCCUGUGGCUUAGCCAGGCCUCCGGAACAAUCCCCAGGGCAGUGGGGGUUGGUAGCAGACCCGCCUUCCCCCUUCCCACUCACCUCAGGCCACGGCAUGACCUCCUGUGUGCCCCUGUCCCAGGCCCUCCUUGCAGCCUGUCCUCACUCUGCCCAGGGCGGCCGCGGGCAGGAAGAGGAUGGAAUAAAGCUGUGUGCCCCGAUCCCGAGCUUGUGUCUGCGACGCCAGGCCCCAGACAUCCUUCCCCGGUGCUCACCCUCAGAUUGCCCCUCGCCUCGCUGGGGUCUCCCCUCCCCACUCCCAGGGCGGGCAGGCUCCUAGUGUCUGGUUUCUCUGUCCUGUCCUGACAGUGGGGCCCAGGGACCCUGGAACGAAGAGCUGGAAAGCUGAGUAGCCUCUCAGGAGUGGCUGGGACCACGGCGGAGAAGGGGCUCGCUCAAAGGGUCAGGGGUCAGCGUGGCCAGCAGGGGGAGAAGGGCACGUGAGGUUCCUUCUGGGCUGGGUGGGGGAUGUUUUUUUGCACCCGGUUAGAAGCCAACGCUCUGACCCCGUUCAGAGUGCUCGCCUCCGGUGGAGUUUGUUUUCUUUUGGAGGUGGGGAGGGAGUACCCGGAGAGCAGGCCUAACGGAAGGGACCUGGAGAGUUCUGUGAGUCAGGUGGUCAGGGAGGGAAGGCUGAUGCCUCACCUGAUCCCAAAUCACAGGGGCCACCAGCCCAUGGGGAUGGGCGGGAGGAGCCCCCUGCAUGCGCGAGCUUCUGUCUACUAGGAUUCAGUUCACGAUGCGCAUACGCGGUGGGGCAGCAGAACCACAAGGAGCUCGGUCUUGUCAUUUGUGAGAUGGGAGUGUACUGACUUCACGAGCUCCGUGGCCACCCAGGCCUCGGAGGGUGCUCCAGGAACAGGUGGGGGGCCCCAGGUAGGGGGCAGCUGGGCAGCUGGGAGAGCAAGAGUGAGUGACCCCAGCCUCCAGGGAACCGGGACUGGGAAUUGGGCCGGAAGCCUGUCCCUGGUCUGAGAACCAAGGAGAAUGGCCAUUGGGCUGAGCUGAUGGGGCUGAGAUCCCUGAACGGCCCUCCGUGGCUCCCAGCUCCUUCAUGGAAGCCAGGAUAAGCCGGAGACCAGCUAACAUUGGGGUGGGGAGGUGGGGGGACCAUUACCAGCAGGGUCCCCUCAAGGCAGAAGGGCCAGGCAAAGGGCAGAAAUGGCAGGGACCUGUCUGAGCUCUGCCCUCACCGGGGUGCUGGGCCCUCUGUUACCUCCCCACCUCCUUGUGUGAAGGGCUCCAUUGUGGAGAUCUGAGCGUCCCAGGCCUCUGGGGACUCCAGUGCCUUUGUGGGGACCCCUGAGCUCCCUGCCCUGACCUGAGGGAGGCCCCAUACGCCAGCCAGUGGGGCCUCACCUGUGAUGGGGAGGCUGAAGCCCCAGGAGGGCGAGUGCUGAGCCUGGGUCCUGAAGAAGCCGAGGGGCUCCUUCAGCUGGGGCUGCCCCGCACCCCCUUAAAGGAGCAGCUCAUCGUCUGGGCUAGGAGCAGGUCUAUGUGUUAUAUCCAGCCUUGUUCAAAAAAUGUUUAUGGUAAUCUACGUCAAAACAUCUUGUUAUAAAUUGGUAAAUUACAUGUGAACAAUCAGGAUCAGGGAUUCUAUAAAUUAGGAUAAAGGACCUGCUGCCGUAGGUGCCCCCCCCCAACCCACAGAACCUUUCACACACAGAUAUGUGGGCCAUGGCCACCGGUGUCCCCUCCAAGAACCAAACUCCCUACAAUGAAGGUCACGUCCCUGAUCAGGUCUCACUUCGGCCACCAGGGAGCUCAGGCCGAGCCCCAAGCUGGCUGUGGCCAGUGUAGGCCUGUGGCUCUGUGUCUGCCCCAGUGGCCCACCAUCCUCCCACCCCACCCCACCCCCGCCUCCAGUCUCUCCACCUGUUCCCUCGACGGGACUUGUCCCUGAAACUUCAGGGGUAGAAACGGGUGGUGGGACCAGAACCUUCUGCAGGCAUUCCAGUUGUGCAGAAACCCAUGUGUAUGCAACCCCAUGGCCUGGAAGGGAGCUGAGCGCAAGAGAGGCCCCCGGGGCUUUAGCUUCAUGAGCUCUGGGAGACCUGCUCAGACAGAGGAGUCCGUGAUUAGUCUGUCCCCCAUGAGGAGGCUGCCUGUCCUGUCCCCGCUGAGUCCCCAGCCAUAGGUCAAGGAGUCUGUUGAAUGAGUGACAUCAUUGGUUAAUAGUUGAUUGUGCACAGCAUCACCAGGGAACCUUCUCCGAUGGAGCGUUUCCUAUGCGUCUCCAGGGCUGGGCUGUGAGAAACCGUCUUACUGUUUUUGUCU